AUGCCGAAGCGUCCUAAUUUUAAGCGCUACAUGGAAAUCGGCGGAAUUUGUUUGCUGGCUUGGAUUUUUCUCUUUUGUGAGCCUUACGGGUUGCGGCUGCGGCAUAUUGUUAUGCGUCUGUACUAUCCAGUUGAGGCGAAACAGCGAGCCGCUUGGUUGUACAAUGAAAUCCUCUUGAAGCGCAUGACAUUUUUCAAGCUGCUGAGGCGUAAAGCGCGCGCUAAGUUUAAAAACGAGCCCAGAGAGGAUCCCUAUCCGUUUCUGGAUUGGAUUCGAGCAAAGACGAACCGCUGCUUUCUCUGUCGUCUCAUAUUCGGUCAUCGUAAAGGUGACACCUGCAUUCUCUGCGGAUUCCGGCUAAAAGGAGACAAAGUGGAAUGCUCAACUCCCGGCUGCAAGGCGGUUUACUGCCAGAGCUGUUUUGACGAAUCCAGUCAAAUGUGCUGCAUAUGUAGGAAUCCUGUUGAGUACGGUGAUGGCAGCGACAUAACGGAAGAAAAGGACUCCUCCGAUGAUCCGGACGCUGUGCGUCAGCCGCACGAAAGCGAUCAAUACUGCAUUUGGGUACCCUAA